AGCUCAUUUGACGCGUUCCAUUGCCAGGUCGGACGCGACGGUCGCGUCUUUACUUUCCUACAACCCACUCCAUCAUGUCCGGCUUCGAUGCUAAUCGCGUAUAUUCUGUGUCCGUACACGAUGCACGCGAGCCUCUCGCUCAUGAUUUACCCUCCGAGACAGAGAAGCUGUUGCUCGAGUUCAUUUUGUCGUAUCGACUUGGAGGCGAAUUUCCUUACAGAGACAAACUACGAGCAAACUUACUUAUGAAGCAGCACCACCUGGAAGUGGACCUGCGAGAUGUUGGUUUGUUCAAUGAUGAGCUUGCGCAUGCUAUUCAAGAGAAGCCCGGGGAGAUAUUACCUUUAUUUGAGAGUGCAGCUACCCGAGCAGCCAGAACAAUCCUAUUUCCGCUCGCUCAUGGUUCAGAAAGCGGAGCGGAGGCUGCAGCACAGUCCAUACCCAACGUUCAGGUCAUGAUUAAAUCCGGUCUCAAUCUGCAACACUUCCGUGAACUCACAGCCUCCAUGACGAACAAGCUAGUUCGUAUCCCAGGAAUAGUGAUCUCCGCUUCUGUGCUUUCCUCUCGUGCUACCAAGCUUCACCUACAAUGUCGUGCAUGUCGCUCAACAAAAAUCAUAUACCCACCGAGCGGCCUCGGUGGCCUUGGCGGUGGAGGUUCAUCUGCUGGCCUACCGAGAGUAUGUGAUGCUCCAGAAGUGGAGAAUCAGAAGAAGGAUUGUCCGAUGGAUCCUUAUUUGAUCAUUCACUCUAAGUCAUCUUUCACCGACCAUCAAGUCCUUAAACUCCAGGAAGCUCCUGAUAUGGUCCCUAUUGGUGAUUUGCCCCGACAUAUGCCGCUCUCAGCGGAUCGGUACCUGGCAGGCCAAAUCGUCCCUGGAACGAGGGUUAUUGCGACAGGCGUUUACUCGACUUACCAGGCAUCGAAAAUGAAAUCUUCUGGCGGUACGAGCACACUGCGGAAUACCUACAUACGACUUGUACAUCUAGAGGUCUCAUCACCCUCACCUGGCGCAGGUCUCAAUCCCUUCGGCGUGCAAUUCACUCCAGAGGAAGAAGAAGAAUUUGGCGAAAUGGCUCGGAGCGAAGGCUUCUAUGAACGCUUUGCGAAAAGUGUUGGGCCCAGUAUCUAUGGGAGCCUGGACAUCAAGAAGGCGAUUACAUGUCUACUUUUUGGCGGUUCCAAGAAAAUCCUGCCAGACGGGAUGCGAUUAAGAGGAGAUAUCAAUGUUCUUUUACUUGGUGACCCCGGUACAGCGAAAAGUCAGCUGCUCAAAUUCGUUGAGAAGGUUGCUCCCGUCGCAGUGUACACAUCCGGCAAAGGCUCUAGUGCUGCCGGUCUGACAGCAUCAGUGCAACGUGACUCUGUCUCUCGUGAGUUCUACCUGGAAGGUGGAGCCAUGGUCCUUGCGGAUACUGGUGUCGUCUGUAUAGAUGAGUUCGACAAAAUGCGCGAUGAAGAUCGCGUUGCCAUUCACGAAGCCAUGGAGCAGCAAACGAUCUCGAUUGCCAAGGCGGGUAUCACGACUGUGCUAAACUCCCGUACCAGCGUACUGGCUGCCGCCAACCCCGUAUGGGGAAGGUACGACGAAGGCAGGAGUCCCGGUGAAAACAUUGAUUUCCAGACGACUAUCUUGUCUCGAUUCGAUAUGAUCUUUAUCGUCAAAGAUGAGCACAAUGAACAGCGAGACAGGACAAUCGCGAAACAUGUUAUGAACAUACAUAUGAACAGGCCAAAUCAGAACAUCGAUGAAAACGGCGAAAACAUCGGCGAGAUUGAUCUCGAUAAGAUGAAGCGGUACAUUGCGUAUUGCAAAGCGAAAUGCGCACCUCGUCUAUCAGCAGAAGCACAGGAAAAAUUGAGCGGUCACUUCGUUGCCCUGAGGCAGGAGGUCCAGCGAGUCGAACAGGACAACGAUGAACGUAGUUCUAUUCCAAUCACUAUUCGUCAAUUAGAAGCUAUUAUCCGAAUUUCCGAGGCCCUUGCCAAGCUCACGCUUUCACCUGUGGUCAAGAACCACCAUGUUGAGGAAGCCUUCCGCUUGUUCAAAUUUUCGACGAUGGACGCGGUCUCGGCAGGUUCAGCAGAUGGCCUCUCUCGUGGUGCGUUGAACGACGAGAUGAGCAGAAUUGAGAAAGAGAUCAGAAGGCGACUACCCAUCGGUUGGAGUACCAGUUAUCAAAGCUUGAUGAAGGAGUUCGUGACUCAGCAGGGAUAUUCUGCCCAUGCUCUGGAGAGAACGUUGUUCAUUCUUGAAAAGAGGGAGGUCAUCCGCUUUUCUGGGCAGAAGAAGGUUGUGCAUCGGGUUGGAGUUUGAAGUUAUUUCUCUUUCACUGUCCUUUAGGCUUUUCAUUUAUCACACUGCCAGUGUGUCUUGUAUUCUCGUCACUUUACCCAUGUUGUAAUCAUAGACAAUUAAUCAUAUCAUACCCCAGCCCCUUGUCUCGCAUUCCAGAGGGCUUUUGCGAGUU